CCACCUCAAAACAAUCCCUUUCUUCUCCCCUUUCUCCAACACCUACCAAAAGCCUCUCCCUCUCUCUUUCUCUCUCUAGUUCUUGCUUUUUCAAGAUUUCAAGAAAAAACAUGGCUGACCAAAGUGGUGGGUUGGUUAUGAUGAGAGAGUAUAGAAAAGGUAAUUGGACGUUGAAUGAGACGAUGGUGCUCAUUGAAGCCAAGAAGAUGGAUGAUGAGAGGAGGAUGCGGCGGUCCAUCGGCUUACCACCACCGGAGCAGCAACAAGAUAGCCGGAGUAGUAGUAGUAGUAGUAACAAACCGGCGGAGCUACGGUGGAAGUGGAUAGAAGAUUACUGUUGGAGAAAAGGUUGUAUGAGAAGUCAGAAUCAGUGCAAUGACAAAUGGGACAAUCUCAUGAGAGACUACAAAAAGGUAAGAGAGUACGAGAGACGAAGGGUAGAAUCGUCUUUUACCGCUGCUGAGUCGUCUUCAUCUUCAGCUCCAGCUGGAGAAACGGCGUCGUAUUGGAAGAUGGAGAAGAGUGAGAGGAAAGAGAGAAGCUUACCAAGUAAUAUGUUACCUCAAACAUACCAAGCUUUGUUUGAAGUGGUUGAGAGUAAAACGCUGCCUUCUUCCACCGCCGCAACCGCUGUGACCGCUGCAGUUGCGGCUGCUAUUAGUAGUGGAAACGGUUCAAGCGGUGGACAAAUCCAAAGAGUGAUACAACAAGGUUUAGGAUUUGUUGUUCCUAAAGUACAUCAAAUCAUUCAGCAACCUGUUUUAUUACCACUUCAGCCACCACCGCCACCACCACCACCACCGUCUCAGCCGUCACAGCCGUUACCACGACCACUACUGCUGCCACCGCCUCCACCGCCUUCUUUUCAUGCUCAGCCAAUACUGCCCACAGUAGACACAUCUCCGGCGAAGAGAAGGAGAACAAUGCCGACCACAACCGCUGGUCCUAGCGGCGGCGGUGGCCUAGAAGCGGAGGAGGUUGGACGUAGUAAGAGAGAUGAAGAGACGACAGUAGCGGCUGCGUUAUCAAGAAGUGUGUCAGUGAUCGCAAAUGCGAUUAGGGAGAGUGAGGAGAGACAAGAUCGGAGACAUAAAGAAGUGAUGAAUGUACAAGAGAGGAGACUCAAGAUCGAAGAAUCUAAUGUUGAGAUGAAUAGAGAAGGCAUGAAUGGAUUAGUGGAAGCCAUUAACAAGCUAGCGAGCUCUAUUUUCGCUUUGGCUUCUUCUUCAUCUUCUCGCCAUAAUAAUCAGCAUCAAGGAGGUCCACCGUAAUAACUUAAAUAAAUUAUUCUGUAGUUA